AUGGCCGCCUCCGUGGCCCGGGGCGGCGUGAAUGCCGGGGUUUUCCUGCGAGCGGCCAGAGGAGCCUGGUGGAGCAGACCUGGGGGCUUUUCGGGGGCUGGGGAGGCGGCGACGCCGGCGACAGCUAGGAAAUUCCGAGCGACAGGCUCGCGCCCAGCCGGGGAGGAGGAAGCCGGCGACUCCGAGCGGCCUGGGGACGUGGUGAACGUGGUGUUCGUAGACCGGUCAGGCCAACGGAUCCCGGUGAGCGGCAGAGUCGGGGACAAUGUUCUCCACCUGGCCCAGCGCCAUGGGGUGGACCUGGAAGGGGCCUGUGAAGCCUCCCUGGCUUGCUCCACCUGCCAUGUGUACGUGAGCGAGGACCACCUGGAUCUUCUGCCUGAACCUGAUGAGAGGGAGGACGACAUGCUGGACAUGGCCCCCCUCCUCCAGGAGAACUCCCGGCUGGGCUGCCAGAUCCUGCUGACGCCCGAGCUAGAGGGGGCUGAAUUCACCCUGCCCAAGAUCACCAGGAACUUCUAUGUGGACGGCCAUGUCCCCAAGCCCCACUGACAUGGGCAGCGGCACCGUACUGGACACUAUGGCCCCUGGGCCAGGACUGAGGAAGAGUCCCGCUGCCAGCCUAGAGCAAGGACGGGCCGUGUGACGAUAGAAGGACCGUGGAGGCCAAAGACCCUGCUUAAGAGAGACCCAGGGUAGGCUCUGGUGGGGACAGGCCCCCUACCAAGGUGGCUUCCCCAAGAUCUCAGAGAAGGGGAUGUGGAUGAGGUGGAAUCUAAUUGGAGCCACAAUAAAACUC